ACAGAGGGGCGUGUUCCUCAGGAGGUGACGUGUUUGUUAUAGGAAGUGGAGAUGUUCAGAUAACAGUAAUGGAGGCUUGUGGGAGUCGCCUCGGUCACAAGGUGGUGUUUGAGAAGGAGGGGGUUUAUCUGCAUACCAGUAGCAAAAGAAAUGCGGAUCAGAGCUCCCUCAUCCCAGGGAUCGUCUAUCUGGUCGAAAGGGGUCCUGAAACGACGCUGGAGUGGCGCCCCCUGGAAGAUUUGAAAGGAAGUGCGGCUCAGUUUCUCUUCACUAAGAAGGAUACCUCUAACAAUGAAGAAGUUAUGACUUUUGACCCCGGCUACGAACCUGAUUGGGCCGUGAUCAGCACCAUCAGGACACGCCCCCAUAGUGAUGCAACAGGUUCACAGCCGGCUGCAGCUGGAGGAGCGCCACCAGGGGGCAGUGCCGCUAGCCUGCACUCCUUCUCCCUCCCUCUCUCCGAGCUCCACUCCCUCCGUCGGUCCCGCUUCACCCUGGGCCGCUCCUUCAUGGUCCUCACCUCCCGCGGGGGGGCCACGUAUCCGGCGCUGCACUUCCACAGAGGCGGCACCAGGGGGCUCCUGAGAGCCCUGCAGAGAUACGUAAUCCUGGCUCCCUCCCCCGUUGACAGUAGGCUGUUCCUGGUGUACCCUCACGACUCCAGCGCCCUCUCUCAGUCCUUCGACGAACUGCAGCUGUUCGAUGAUGGAACCCACGACCUGGUGUCUCGCUUUAUUCAAGACCCCUAUGCCACCACUUUUGGGGGUUUCUCCAAAGUGACCAAUUUCUUCAGGGGUGCCCUGCGCCCCCCAGAUUCUGCUUCGGGACGUCCCGCCGGGAGUCUGGGGUUAGCUGAGGAUGAACCUGAAUUUGAAUUGAUUUCAUGUGAGGUGGAGCUUGGCCCCAGGUUGCCAGUGCAGAGGGCGGAGCCUCUGGACAACUGGGAGGAGCAUCUGGACCCAGAGGGGCGUGUCCUGAAUCCUCAGCGAGUCAAGGAGCAGAUCUUCAGAGGGGGCGUCUCCCCCUCUCUUCGCCCCGAGGUCUGGAAGUUUCUCCUCGGUUUUUAUCCCUGGGGAAGCACAGCUCAGCAGAGGCAGGAUAUUCUGUGCAAGAAAACAGACGAAUAUUUUCGAAUGAAGGUUCAGUGGAAAUCGGUCAGCGAGGAGCAAGAAAUGAGAAAUUCACUGUUGAGGGGCAAUCGAAGUCUAAUAGAGCGGGAUGUGAGCAGGACGGAUCGGAGUCACCGUUUCUUCUCUGGGAGUGACAGCCCCGGCCUCGCGCUGCUCAAUGACGUUUUGAUGACUUACUGCAUGUAUAACUUUGACCUGGGGUAUGUUCAGGGGAUGAGCGACCUUCUCUCCCCCAUCCUCUUCAUCACUCAGAACGAGGUCGAGGCAUUCUGGUGUCUGGUGGGGUUCAUGGAGCUGGUGCAUCACAAUUUCGAGGAGUCUCAGGAGGCGAUGAAGCAGCAGCUGGUGCAGCUGAACACCCUGCUUCGAACCCUGGACCCCGCGCUCUGCGACUUCCUGGAUUCUAAAGACUCCGGCACUCUCUGCUUCUGCUUCCGCUGGCUCCUAAUCUGGUUCAAACGAGAGUUUUCAUUUGAGGACGUCCUCAAACUGUGGGAGGUGAUGUGGACCGGUCUGCCCUGCGCUAACCUGCACUUGCUGUUGGCCUGCGCCAUUCUGGAAUCCCAGCGGGACGAGCUAAUAAAUUCUGACUUUGAUUUCAAUGACAUCCUUAAGGUUAGUUACAAAAAUAAAUGAAUAUAUAUAUAUAGGAAAUCGCAGGGCUG